CAACUUUUGCGAGAUCUCGCAAAAGUUCAUCUUUAUUAUUUUUUUUCUCCAAUGUCUGUUGCGGGGCUCCGUAUUUCCGGACUAUACUACCUCUGUCUGAACUGUUUUCUUCUAAACUGGGGCACUGUGUCCCCACCACACUUCCAUCUCAUCACCUGUUUCUCCGUCUUUCUGGCCCUGUCCCACUACAAACCGUCAUCCACUCAUCUGGGAAGUCGGAAUACUCCCUAGUUCAAUAAUUCUGAUUUAAUCAAAAACGCACCAUGAAUUCACGUCGUCUUGCUCCACCCAGUACGCCACAACCGGUGCGUUCCGGAUUAAGUUUAAAAUCGGAUUCCAGUUUUUUCCUGUCGGAAUUUUCAUUUGAAAUGGUCCUUCAAUAGAGAUUUCCACCUCGCAAACGUCGGAGCAGCCUCACAAUCCCAGAGUUAAGCAUUCAGAACACUGAUAGCUUUUCAGCAUGAACGCCCACACUAAACGAAGAACAACGUUUAAGCUAACUUUCUCUACAGAGUUGUAAAGGGUUACUGUUAUUUAAAAAAGAAUUGCUUCAGCCGCGAUAUAAGGCAGCAUGUUAGCCUGUGAUAUCAUGGUUUCUGUGUUCCUCGUAUUUGCAUGUCUCGCUGCCCCCGUGGUUUCUGCGGUGUCUUGUCACACAAAGGAGUAUGCAACAAGGGAUGGGCAGUGCUGCCCGAUGUGCCAAGAAGGUACAGUUGUUCAGAGAGACUGCACAGCAUUUUCAGGAACUCGGUGCCGUUCAUGUGAAGUGGGGACUUUCAUGAACCAACUCAAUGGUCUGUCGAACUGUUUCCCCUGCACUACCUGUGAUACAGGUCAUGGUCUCUUUGUCAAGCAGAAGUGUACACCAAAAACUGACACAGUGUGUGACGUUUUAAAUGGAUAUCACUGCAAAGAUUUGAUUGAGAGUAACGGAUGUAGUUUGGCAGAGAAACAUUCACAGUGUGAAGCUGGUCAGAGGAUAAAACAACAUGGAACCAGCAGAAGUGACACAGUGUGUGAAGACUGUCAGCCAGGCUUCUUUUCCAAGGACGGUGUGAACUGCACGGCUUGGAAAAUUUGCUCAAACAGACAGAUAAAGGUCAGAGGAAGCUCAACCAGUGACGUUGUCUGUGGGAGAACAUCAAGUCAACAUUACUUUGUGUUUUUGCCUUUUUUGCUUUGCUCAGUAGCAUUUACUAGCCUUGUGACAGGUUAGUGUGUCGUCUGCAUUGUGUUGAUUUUUCAGUUUAAAGCCUUAACAACAGUGUUGCCUUUUUAUUAUUGCUUAGGGGUUUUUUUUUCCUGCUGUAACACUAAUUUUCUUUGUGUAAUAAUAAAGCGAAGAAAAAGAAGGAAGGAAAAACAUUUCUUUUUAAAAAGAAAAUUGAACUCACUAACCAUGAGCAAUUUAUUUAUACUAUUAGUAGACUUUUAGCUGGGAAGGCCAGAAGACCCAGCAUCGACAACUGAACAGGUGCAUUUAGAUCACGGUGUUGUUCCAAAAGGUGAUUUCUGGUGUUUCUGUAUGUUUUUUGUUUUGUUUUUUAAUGUGUAAUGUCUUUCCUUUUAUUGGAAGGUAGACUGUAGUUGUAUAUAAAAUAAAGA